UGAGGGCUGUCUCCCUCCUGCCUGCCUCCUGCCUCUCUCACUGCCUGACUGCUUGCGUCUCCUCCUCCCUCUGUCUCUCUCUCUCUCUUCCUCUCUCCCUCUCUCUCCUCCUCCUCCUCCUCUCCAUGCUCCAGCUCCACACUCUGGUCCUUUUCUUUCCUCUCACUCCGCUCAGUCACUCAGUCACUCACUCUAUCGCUCACUCGCUCUCUCUCUCUCUCUCUCUCUCUCUCUUUCAGCACUCUGUUGUUCUGCCUGUCUUCCUAACGCUGUCGCUAGUAACACGCUGGUCAGUCCAGUCUGUUUCUCUCUCUCCCUCCCUCCCUCCCUCUCUCUCUCUCCCUCUCUGCCUCCCUCCAUCUCUCCUUUUCUGCUGCGCUCUUCGCUCUCCGCUCACACACACUCUCUCUCUCUGCGCUCUCCGUGUGUGUGUGUGUGUUUUUUGCGCUCAUCUCUAAUUGACCUCGCUUCAGUGUCGUCAGCGUGUGUGUGCUUUUGGCUGCACCAGAGGCUCCAGACAAAAGAAGAACAAGACAAGGAUCGCAGGACAUUGAGUGGAGCGCCCGGGGGGAAAAGGUGUGCGCGUGCGGACAGAAGAAGCCCCAUGCUAGCAGCGUGAGGAGCUAGCCCAGCCGAUUCUCCCCUCUGAGCCAAGCCAAACAUGUGAGAAGAUGUCUGUUGGAGGCUGUGCGUGCCCAGGCUGCUCCUCUAAAAACUUCAAGCUGUACUCCCCAAAGGAGCCCCCCAACGGUAGUGCCUUCCCCCCCUUCCACCCAGGCACCAUGCUGGACCGAGACGUGGGCCCCACACCAAUGUACCCUCCUACAUACUUGGAGCCGGGAAUAGGGAGGCACACACCGUAUGGGAACCAGACAGACUACAGAAUAUUUGAGCUCAAUAAGCGGCUACAGAACUGGACCGAGGACUGUGACAACUUAUGGUGGGAUGCCUUCACCACAGAGUUCUUCGAGGAUGACGCCAUGCUCACUAUUACGUUCUGUCUGGAAGAUGGGCCCAAACGAUACACUAUCGGUCGGACAUUGAUCCCACGAUACUUCCGGAGUAUCUUUGAGGGGGGAGCCACAGAGUUGUUCUAUGUCUUGAAGCACCCUAAGGAGUCGUUCCACAACAACUUUGUGUCCCUGGACUGCGACCAGUGCACCAUGGUCACACAGAAUGGAAAGCCCAUGUUUACACAGGUUUAUGUGGAGGGCCGGCUGUACUUGGAGUUCAUGUUUGACGACAUGAUGCGCAUCAAGACGUGGCACUUCAGCAUACGGCAGCACCGGGAGGUGGUACCACGUAGCAUCGUCGCCAUGCAUGCCCAAGAUCCUCAGAUGCUGGAACAGCUGUCGAAAAACAUCACGCGAUGCGGCCUCUCCAACUCCACAUUAAACUACCUCCGACUGUGCGUAAUCCUGGAGCCCAUGCAGGAGCUGAUGUCCAGACAUAAGACCUACAGCCUCAGCCCCCGAGACUGCCUCAAGACCUGCCUCUUCCAGAAGUGGCAGAGGAUGGUGGCUCCACCAGCCGAGCCGACCAGACAGCCGCCCAACAAGCGGCGGAAACGCAAGAUGUCGGGCGGCAGCACCAUGAGCACGGGCGGCGGCAACAACAACAACAACAACAGCAAGAAGAAGAGCCCCGCCUCCAGCUUCGGCCUCUCCAGCCAGGUACCUGACCUGGUUGGAACAAAAACCUGUGCAGGGCCGGAGCUUGAGGACCGGAGUUGAGAGCCACUACCUUUUAAUCUGAAAACAAACACAUGAUAAAAAGAAAAUGUGUACAAAAACCAAGAAAUGCUCAAAGCGUUGACAUUGAGGUACCGGAGUAUGGGGCACGUUCUCCAAGAUCAGAUUGAACUGACCACACACAGAAAAAUGUCCCAAACUCGGCAGAAGUGUUCUUUCCUUUCUUUUUUGUAUCUUUUACAUGGGUUUUUGUUUUUUAUUUUUUAUAACAGUUUUUCUAAAAAAAAAAUGGAAACCAACUAGCAAGUAUAAAACAAAACAAAACACCCUGAAUAUUCUUUGCACUGUUUUUCUCAGUCUAUUUUUCUUAUAAUGGUGGACUCUGUUCUUUUUAGUCCUGUUAAUAUUGGAAAAAAACAAACAAAAUCAUGCGAAAAACAUCAGAAAAGCGUAACUGGAGAAUAAAAUCUAUAAAUGUGUAUAAAAGCUAUUCCUGUCAAAUAUUUUGUAGCAUUACUAUCAUGAUAAUGAUGUAAUAACAUGGUCUGUGUACGUGAUUUAUCUGACGACAUCAUCAAAGACUAUUUUAAAGGUGCAGUAAGUGUUUUUUGUCACAUUUCCAGAAUGUUCUGUGAGGUUUUUAUGUUUUCAAUGUCAUGGAAAAAUGGAGGGGAAAGAACAAAAAAAAAAGAGUUUUGAAAAUCGUGAUUUUUAGAAUGUAUGCAGCAAUUCAGAACACUGGCCUCAUGGGCAGCUUUUCUGAUCUACUAUCAGGAAGGCCAUGUUCUGAGGCAUUUAUUGACUAAAAAUUACAACGUGAAAAGCAUAUGGACAAAAAACCUCUGCCCUGCACCUUUAAAUGUGACUUUUCAAAGCAGCCGCCAUUUUGACAUGAUUGCUUUCCUCUUUAGAAGUGUAAGUCAUAACCUGCAUGUUUGAGCCCCCUCCCCACACACAUGUAUAAAAGCUCACUCUUAGAGCAUCCUCUCGACUUCAAAUUGCCCACAGCACUUUGUUCCCCGAUCAAGCUACAGGGGAACGAUGGCCGAAUACCUCCCAGAAAACAUCAUUUGGAAAAAGGAAAAGGUUUUUUUGUUCAUUUUUUUCUGUGUGUGUGUGUAUGUGCAUGUGUGCGUGUGUGUGUGCGUCCGUGCGUGCGUGCGUGUGUGUGCGUGCGUGCUUGUGUUUAUGCGUCUGAGUGUAUGAUGCUAUCUCUUGGGGUGCGUGUUUUGUACACUUUGUUUUAGUCGCCUCCCACCCCCCUAAACCACCACCAUGUGUUUUAAUUGGACUGGAAGUCCCACUCCCUCCUCACUGCUGGUGAUGGUGUCUAAAGGCAACAUCUUAACCUGCUCAUACACUCCACCCAGCCCAACGUUCAGAAAUGUUCACUCUUGCACUACAAAGGGCACUAUGUAGAAUGUGAAAUACAUUUUUUGUUCCCUAUGUAGUUCACUCUGAAGUGCACGAGUAAACAUUUUGGAUUCAUUUUAGAAAUAGAAAAGAUUUGAAAGCUACAGACCAAGAAGCUGAUGGCAAGAUCCUUUAAGAUCACUCCUUCUGAGAAAUUUGUACAAGAGAAUAACUAAUUCUGUGGGAUAUUUUUGUUUUGUUUUUAAUUUUUGUUUAUUUUCCCCCCUUCCUCCCUCUUAUUUUGUAAUUUCAAUUUUGUGUAUUUGUGCUUGUAUAUUUAAGACAGUAGCCAGUUUCUGUACAACUGUACUUCUGUGUAUCCCUCCUUAGACCACCCUAAAGAACAUCCCUGUCUUAUGUAAAAAAACAAUAACAUUUUUUUGUCAAAUAAAGAAAUGUAUGAAGUUUUAAAAAGUAAAAGGGUACAGAUACCAUUCACGUCAGAAGUAGCUGAUUAUAGUUUUUACUUCGAUGUAUAAUGUAUUUAUUUUUUAUUUUGACUUCACGUCAUUGUAUUCUUUAUGGAUUCAGUACGUCAUUUUUUCUGUAAAAUAUGUCAAUAUUUGCUGGGAAUGAAUUUGAUGUUGCUACACUUUUCAACAGGGGCAUAUUUGUGUGUAACCUAACCUGAUCUUAUACUAAGCGCCCGAUGAGGUAGGCAUACAGUAUAACAUCUGUAGGAGACGAGGAGCCCGAUGACUAGUACUGAUGAUGAUCUCGACUUUUCUCUAGCAGCAGCUCUCUGUGAUUGAAGUGCUGGAGGACUGUCUGGCAAUGUCCAAAAUAAUCCCUUGUUCACUACAUAGGGCACAAGUUGAGAUGUUUUGCUUCCUCUGUAGUGCAAUAUGCAGUGAAUUAGUCAACAUUUUGGACAUACCCUGUGUGUAUUUGUGUAUCUUUGCACACUGCUAACUGCGUAUGGAAGGACCAUUUGCUUUGUCCAUAGAAUAUACAGUCAAUGGUGUGUGUGUACACAGCACACUUGUGAGCGCAUCGGUGUGGUAACGCUGCAGAAUAGCAGCAGGGGGCGGUCUGGUGCACUCUUUGAAACACGUCACAUUUCUUUACACUGCAUACAGUACCCUCCCCGCCAGCUUAACAAAAGGCACUGGUAUAAUGAGAUAUUUAAAGACAAAACAAAACAAAAAUAAUGUCCUUUUUGCAGAAACUUUUUUCACUAAUAUUUGCUCUAUCUGUGUUGUUGAUAUGAAAAACCAAAAUUCAGCCGAUGAUGAUGAUAGUGAUGAUAAAGAGCAGCAGAGAUGAUGGCUUAUGUCACAGAGCUAACUGCUGGCCGGGGUGGGCCAAGACAGAAUGGUGGUGUACCCUCUUCACUGUACCUCUCAUCCAGGGGGGACAGUUUGAUAUAUAUUUUUGCUUAGUUUCUGCCAUUGAUAAUUCAUGUAUGGUAUCAAUAAAAAAGACUUUUCACUUGUAAA